AUGAAAACAUCAACUGAAGAACUUGACCUCCACAUCACGACAGCCUCUCGGAGUACCAAGAACAGCGCACAACAGAAUACGCCCAAAUUGCUGCAAUCUAGAAUGUCUUCCCAGACCACACCAAUAAACCCAGCCGCCUUUGCCGAAGCAAUAACAGAGCUCCCUCUCUCGGCUGUCUACAGCAAAGUUUUAGAGCUCCGCAACUCAAUCGCCCACCUCCAUCGCUCAAACGCCGAACUCCGCCUCUUCCUGGCCGAAUACCCACAAGGCACCGAGGAAGAGAAAAAGGAGAUGGAGGGUUAUGUUGCCGAGAACGAGGGCGUGAUCGCGUCUAUAGAGGAGCGGCUGUCGCUGCUGAAGACUGAGCUAGAGAAUCGUGGGCAGGCCUGGGAGGACGUGAACAAAGGAUCUGAAGUUACAGCAGAUGUGCCGGUCACGAAUGGUAAUGGGAACGGGGACGUGCAUUCUGGGGAUCAAGAUCAAUCGCAGACCUUGAAUGCGGGGCAGGAAGAGGGUGGGGUUUAUCUUUGA